AUGCCUUCUUCCUCAUUCUCGAACUCUUCCUCGUCUUCGUCCCUCUAUCCCCUUCAUCAUGCUGCCCAGCUGUUAUCUGUUGUAUUUGGAAAAAGGAAAGAAGGCAUGGAUCAUCGCACGUUGAAAAUGCGUGAGAAUAGCGCUAGUCAGAAAGAUCUCUCAUUCCACUACCAACAUAUGAGCAGUUUGCAGAGCAUUAUGAAUACAUUAGAUGGUUACACCAAAGGGAACUUUGAUAAUCCACCACCACGAAUUCUACCAUUUUCCGGUGUGAAACCAUCGGUAGGUAUCAGAUUGUAAAU